UCUCCUCGCCUGCACUUUAGGAUCUCACCGUAACGUUUUAUUUCCGGAUCGUUAUUUUCCGAGACAAAGUUCGGUUUCCGGUGGAGAGAGACGACAUGUCGUUGUUGAUGCGCGCGUGCACGCUCGUGGUGAGGCUCGUGACGGUUCCGCUGGUGAUCGCGGAAGCGCUCGGGCUUUACAAACUCUACAAGCGCUUCUUCCCGUACCUCAUAUACAAGAUCUCCGUGACAUACAACGUGAAGAUGAAGGAGCAGAAGCGCGAGCUGUUCCGCGGCCUGGUACGGUUCAGUCCGCCGCACGGGCCUCUGCGCGUGCUGGAGAUCGGCUGCGGUACCGGAGCCAACUUCGAGCACUAUCCCGCAGGCUGCAAGAUCACGUGCACCGACCCGAACCCGCACUUCCAGAAGUACCUGCAGAAGAGCAUAGAGAACAGCCCGCACCUGGAGUACGACAGGUUCCUGGUGGCGCCUGCUGAGGACCUGCGGCAGGUUCAGGACGGUUCUGUGGACGUGGUGGUGUGCACACUGGUUCUGUGUUCCGUCAAGAACACGGGUCAGGUUCUACAGGAGGCCAAGAGGAUCCUCAGAGAGGGUGGAGCGUUUUUCUUCAUGGAGCACGUUGUGGCUGAGGAAUCUAGCUGGGCCUUCUUUCUGCAGAAUGUGAUUCAGCCUUUCUGGUACUAUUUCGGUGACGGCUGUGAGUUGACCCGUGCGACCUGGCAGCACGUGGAACAAGCUGGGUUCUCAGAGGUGCAGCUCCGCCACAUCCAGGCUCCGCUUAAUUUCCUGAUUAAACCACACAUCGUCGGUUAUGCUGUGAAGUAAACAACACACACACACACACAAGAUUAAAACUGCACUGUGUGUGGUGUUUAAAAUCAAAUCAUUUUAAAUUGAAACUAAUUAUGGUAAGUGUUCGCUUCUUGGCUUGAUUCGUAUCUCAAUCCAGAUGAUGAAGAGCUCAGGCUCCACCCAUUUUGCUGAUGUUUGAUGAGAGUGGGUGGAGUCAGUUGUAAUCAGAGACCAAUCACCGCAGGCACCUAUUGUAAUUCAUUAGUGUUCUUCUUCUUCGUCUGCUCUUGAGUCUAUGGCAGAACAGAGAACCGUACACAGGGCAGUUAUGGAAUCCGGCACGCAGUUAGAGUCGAUGUCGUUUUCCGUCAUGAGAAUGUUUCCGCCAUUUUGAAUUUUCUGAAAAACCUAACUCCUGCUACACCGUUUGUCCGAUUUUCACGAAAAUCGAAUCAGAUCAUCUUCAAGCAGAUUCUCGAAUAAAACGCAAAGAAUUCGAUGAUGAGCAUGUCGAAAUGCCCAUGAGGCUAUAUCACGAUAAUGCUUUAGUGUAUUCAGAACAAAAUUGGUGUAUAUUAUAGCCAUCAUGACUUGAGGGUACCUGUGCAGUUUCUGAACAGCGUCACCUAGUGCUCACCGGAUGUUUAAAAAAAAAGCACGUUUUUGAUUUGGGACCGUUCGUGCGAUUUUUCACCCAUUUAGACUCAGAUCAUUGGCCCCAUAAUUGCUGCUUGCAGCUAUAUUACACAUUUAUUUUCUUUCUCUAACUUUCAGUAAUUUUAAUAUUAAUAAAAAUAUCUAGCACCAGGGAUGAAGAGUCACGUGUCACACGUGUUUUCAUUUCCAAUGUAAUCUUUUGUGAAAAGGUUUGACAAAAGUUGAAGUCUUGUAUAACAUGUACAUAUAAAGAUAGAAAGAUAAAUCAUCUCUGAUGUGUGUGUGUGUGAGGAUUUAUUAAAGAGCCUUACUGCCA